AUGGACCAUUGUCCAGACGAGGUCCUGCUCAAAAUCUGCAGUCGAUUGGAUUUCAAGAGUGUUGCGAAUCUUCGACGAGUUAACAAACACCUGUCCGAGGUCGGAGCCGAGGCAUUGGUCAAGAGGGUCCGUUUUCACUGCAGUCAGGAGUCUCUUGAACGUCUCAAUGCUCUCGCCCAACACGAGGUUUUCUGCAGAUAUGUCGACACGAUUGUCUUCGAGGGAAAUAUCCUAGCAAAUAUUGGCUGCAUCCAUAGUUAUUCGGCUCAUUACGACCUCGACCAUCACAAGGAUGAGAGACCACAACCCCCGGCUUGGGACGCUUCGGCCCGCGAAAAGAGACUCUACGAUCGCAACAUGGUCAAAUUCCACCGAGAGAUCACGGCCAAAUUCGAACGAUACCGUGCUUUCUAUGAAACACAGCAGAAGGUCCUCAAAUCCACCGCCUACACGAGCCUCCUUGCCCCCAGCAUUCCUCGCUUUCCCAAAUUGAAUAAGAUCGUGCUCUCUACCGUGGGCCGCUGCAAACAUGUUCUCUCCGAGCGAUUCCUGCAGAGGUUUGCUGUCGACUGUGCCAUGCCCAUUGAGCACGAUACCAAGCAUACCAAAGAACAGCUCAGGCAUCUCCUCUUUCCCCAAGGCCAACCUGUCUCGACCGUUCGCUCCUUGGAGGUCCACGUCAUGAGUCCCAAGUUCUUCACAGGAUUUGUACCCUGUGAUAUGAUUUGCCAGGCAUUCCAAAAUCUCAGAAGCAUUGACCUCAGUUUCCGCCUGGAGAAGGAUGAUCGCAUCGACCUCGACAUCAUGACGGCCGAUCGCUGCUACGGAGAAUUGAGCAAAGGAUAUCUUCGGGAUGCGUUGGCGGCCGCGACGGAAUUGCAAGAACUGACCAUCAACUUUGAUGAUUUCGGUUUCUAUGGUGCCUGUAUAAACAUCAAACACGUUCUGGGGGACCACUCGUGGCCAAAGCUCACGAUGCUGGAUCUGGACUGCAUGUCAACUAGUCAGGAGUAUCUUCUUGCCAUGCUGAGUCGUCAAACAUCCCUUGACCGCCUUAGGUUAGGUUUCAUCACUCUGGACGAAGGCGGAUGGCCACAAGUCACCACGGCAAUGAGAAACGAUUUGCAUCUCUCACAGUUCCUGGCGCACGGACUUCUGGAGGAUCCUGACCAGAUGUAUCCCAUGCACUUGAUUGACUCGGAUGUGUACAUGGAUGACUUCACACAUUUCACUCUGACCGCCGCGCUCGACGUCUACGUAACCGACCAAUUCGGCGAAAUGGAUGAUUAUCACCCGCUCGAGGAUGAAGUUUAUGCUGACCCUGACGAACUUCGUGAAGAAUUUGGUCCGUUCGCAGAUGAUGACUUUUCGGAUAUGGAUUGCAGCAGCGACUAA